GUCGUCGGCGGAAAUUUCCACCAGUGACAUACCAAGCUACGAUGGACUCGACUCGGCCGAAUGGACCCUACUGGUCCCCCCCAUUCAGAGAUUUGCUCGGUCCGUAACAAGUUCCUCUCAAUCACCAUGACGUCGAUCUCGCCACCACGCCGUUCGAUGUCAGAGAGCUACAAGCACCACUAUUUGGCCACUUUGGAAGAGGAUGAGGAGAACCCAGCCUGCUCUGUGCCGCUGCCCAAUGAACCUGUGGACGACCACCAUCCUCUCAUGCUGGCUGUAGACCACACUGGCGAGCCCUUGUUGGCGCUACAGCAUCGUUCCAAGUCUGAGAGCUUCAUCUGCACGGCCCAAGGUAUUGUGUUCGAGGACGCCAGGAGCGAAUACAGCUCCAAGCUCAGUAACCUCGAGGCUCUAGCCGCUAACAACAACGCUCUGGGUACUCGGAGCAACGUGCUGUUGGCCAAGAAGGCGCUUCGGUAUCGGAAGGGCGUUGGACGCCGCCGGAACAUGGAGUAACUUGACUGCAAGUCAUCUCGAAGGCCUCGCGUUGCCAGAUGGUCGCCUGCGAUAUUAGACGCUGCGUGGCAGGUGACCUGGACGCGAAAUGAUGAGUCACCCUCUUGUUGUGACGCGGAGGCACGUCGAGAGAGGACGGGGGCUGUGGCUGCAGAUGAAGCGGCUGCACCUCAAUUAUUAUCAGAGUUGUAUAUUACCCUUCGAGUGUGAAGGUGACCCCGCACUGAGUGAGGGAUGUAUGUCCCAUGUUGUAGUGAAAUAGCCGUUGAAAUCAAAUCGCAGCGAUUUGUGCGAUAUAUUUACAUGUACAAGUGUGCCUUAUUAACUUUAUAGCUGCUUGAAAGAGGAAAGACCAAUGCUGGUAAAGAGAGAAAACCAACUCACUAUGCGUCAGUGACACAAACAGCAGAGAAAGGAGGGGGGAUGGCAUAAUAAAAUACGCUUUUUACCAA